AUGGCGGUUGAAGAUGAGGGUAAAAGCAUGGUCAAAAUCUACACUCUUCCCGAUCCGGAAAGCGCUACGACGUGUGAGAACAUUGGCAUAAGAUGGUACCAUCUGCAUUCCGAGCAACUAAGUUUUCCACACUUUAUGGAAACGUGCUUGGCUGUUCCAGGUCUUUCUGAACGAUCUAAGAUGCUGAUCAGGAAAACUUUUAGCAAAAUCGAGAAAGAGAAGGCUAGGAUGGCGUUGGACGGUAUGUUCAUCGAACCUGGGACUGUGCUGCGAGGAGACGAAGACUGCCAGUCAGACCCGCACUCAGUCAUCUUCUGUUGCGUGCCAUAUUUCGAUCUUCAACCUGCGCUGAAGAAAGCACCGAAUGGGCAUGCAGAUCGACUCUGCGCUCCAAAGACUUUGAUACAGGCUUACUACCCGUACGAGCCUGUUCGUGAAAGAGACUUAGAGCAGGCCUAUAGAAAGUUCGGUGAUGAUCAUUCAAAUCGUCUCAUUCACGUACCAAAUUUGUGGGUCAUGAAUAUUGGUUCUCACGCUGUUGUAACCUGCGGACAUCAGCCGCUGACGAAAGAGUUUGUCAAGUCGAUUGAAGUCGUGCCUGAGGAUUUACAACCGCUACGACUAGAAGCCACCACGGGAGGUACCGAUAGGAUUAGAUUAAAAGACUGGGACGGUCGUAUGCUUCAUUUCUCGCUCGAGGAGUGUAGGUCAUUCUUCCAGAUGGAGCAGAGGCUGAGAGAAGUGAAAUAUUCCUUGAAUGGAAAAGUGAACAAAAGAGAUUUGGAGUUAGGUUGGAUCACGACAGGGGGCGAAAAGAAGGUCACUCCCUUGAUCUGGACUGACAUCAUUAAACAAAAUGGCUCAAUGUUCAUCGACCUUACUGUGUCAGACAAGGAUAAGACGAAAAAGGUGGACAACAAGCACAUUAUCAUACCGCUUCCGCAACUGUUGGCAUCGUCUACACUAUCGAGCUCAGUACCACCUUUCUUCCACUGGCCACAAACAACAGAGGACUGUAAUCAAAUAAAUCAACCACAGACCCCUCAAGGUUUGAUUCUCCCCGACGUGAAGAGGGCAAUACACUGCUUGGAACAGGUCGACAAGGCCAUGAUGUCAGAGACACUGAACCGUCGUGAAGCUGAUAACGCAGUGGGCUCCACAUUCACGUCCACGAGCUUUUAUCAAGGCCUCCAAGAAGACACGUCUGAGAAUGUUAGAUCUAUUAUGGCAUCUUUGUUGCGUUUGGCCCAGGAGAACACAGAACAUGACGAGUCUAAGCUUACGCAUCACCAAUUUGUCAUCUACAGUCAAUGCGCGAAGAUUGCGAAGAUGGCGUCUGAGUUUUUCCAAAUUGUAAAUGCAACGUUCAAACUGUUUGUGGAAGAUGUCGACAAAAGCACCGUUUUACGCAAGGUGUGGGGUGCUAUGGCGAGCAUGUAUGUGCUGGUUGUUAAAAGUUGUCAAUUAGGUGAUCUGGGCGAUGAUCCAGCGGAGUACUCUGAUCCAAACCAGACUCAUGCCGAGUUGACGAAAGCCCGAUGGUUCAUUCGUCCUUUCUCGAACGAUCCAUUCUCCCCUGAUCCAGAAGCUGACGAGAAGCUCAAGCAAUCGCUCAGGAGGUGCAGACCUUGCAGACAUCUUCAUGCUUAUCGUACACCACAAGCUGCGUUGGAACACUUGCAGAAACAUCUCGAACCAGCUUCUCUACUUGAACAGGAAGAGGACCUUUCUAGAACGCAUCAGAAGGCUGAAUAUUCAACAUCAAGCACAGAACUACCUCGACGAUCUCCUCCGGCCGUUAAGGAAGCAAACCAGAACCUCAAGGAUCGAAUACUCAGCCUUGCACAGCUCAAACGCGAGCAGAUGGACGCCAGUUCGCUCAGAACACUCCAUCGUGCCUGCCAAACUGCAAGAGAGUUAUUCAUUCAAGCAAGGGAACUUGCUGAAGGUGUGAUGAACGAGGAUAAGACUAUGUCUGAACUAUAUCAUCUCCCAAACCAAUUGCUCGAAGCCUUCCGCCAAAUUGUAGUCUUUUAUCUUGCUGUAGAACGAGCAUUGUUCUAUACAGAAGCCUCUUUCCUCGGGGAUGGACCACAGAGCGAUCCCUAUUCGUGGCCAUACCAACCUGAGCAAGGUCUAACCGUCGUGGAACGGUUUGGCGACGGAGCGUGGUGCUCCUUGGCUGAUACUCGCCGCGAACUCUGCAAAAUGGUUAUGUCAAAACCACCAAGAGAUGUUUUUAAGAGACUGUCUCUAGGUCCAGAGUAUUUGUGCAGUUGGUUUAUGAGAAGGCUACUUGUCAAGCCACUCGAGAAAAGCAUGACAGUAGCUGAUAUGUAUCGGGAAUAUCUUUCCACAAUUCAAUUCCAAGUCAAUCACCGCCCAGGCAAACGUCUCCUGCGCUCUAUCACUCUCCUCCACGAAGAACUCCUGAUUCUCAGAAAAGUCAACUCCUGGCAAACCAAGGCUAUCACAAAUUAUAUGUUCGUCCUGGACGACGCCACGUACGAGAAGGACAUUCCCUCCCGCCGCGGAAUGUUCCCAUACGAACGCAUGCUGCUGAAUUCCUGCCUUGAAAGUCUUGCUCUCGCAAAUGAGGAAUACGUCGACCAGAUCAAUCGGUGUGGCCCGUUGUCAGAAACCACAAAACAGAGUCUCGAGAUCAACGAAGAAGACCACGGGAAAGCCAUCAUGGUCUUUACGAUCGUGACAAUCAUCUUUCUGCCACUAUCAUUUGUCACGUCGUACUUCGGGAUGAAUAGUUCCGAUCUGCGGGAUAUGGAGAGUGGUCAAUCUCUAUUCUGGAUUGUCGCUGUUCCGCUUACAGUCUUCACCAUGUCGUCUAUUAUGUUGAUUGGGUAUAAUGGCGACGAAUUGCGCGAUCUCAUCACCUCUAUCUAUCGCACGCUGACAGGCAAGCAUCGUGGUACAUCAGCGCGCGGGAUCAGCGUUGCACAACGCAAAGACGCGCACCUGAUACAAGGCGACUCGAGCAGUAUGGUUGAUCGCGAGAGCUAUGCUGAUUCUGCUGAGUUUGCCAGUCCUCGUCCAGAGUACUACGCAGAGGAAUACUCGCGCCCGACAUUCGAGCCCGAACCCAUAACCACGAAGAUCGCCACCGCAAGCUACUCCGCACCAGCAAGCAGGCCUGUAGGAUACAGUGUCCGUUCCAAACCCCCGAUACAUUACAAUACCAGCAUGAAUACACGCCGAGAAACGAGGUAUAAUGUUGAAGAGCUGCGUCUUCUGCCACCGAUGGUACGAAUGGCUGAACCGUGGGCGGAGGAGAGCAGCGAUGAGGAGCGUAGAAAUGAGUAUACAUGGGAAAAGAAGCAUCGAAAGGGAGCAUCAGCGAGGAUAGCGUCGCUCAUGUAUGCGGAAAAGGAGAAUACGAGGACUAGGGAGAGGUUUUCGAGCCGUAGAGGGUAUUGA